AUGAUUCCUGACAGUGUCCAAAAAGCGCUUAAUGACCAAAUUAAUAAUGAACUCUAUUCGGCGUAUAUGUAUUUAUCGAUUGCGAUCUAUUUUGAUGUUUAUGCCUUAACAGGUUUUUCAAAAUGGAUGCAACAGCAAGCUCAAGAAGAAUUGUUACAUGCCCGUCGACUCUUAGAAUUUAUGGCAGACCAAGAUGCUUCAAUUGAGUUGCGAGAAAUAAAGGCCCCUCAGGCAAGUUUUAACUCUGCCAUUGAAGCCUUAGAAGUAGCAUUGCAAGCAGAGCAAGAUAAUACAGAGCAGAUUAAUGAUUUGUACGAAUUGGCGGUGAAGCACCAAGAUCAUGCCACUGAAGUCAUGAUGCAAUGGUUUAUCCAAGAACAAGUUGAAGAAGAACGCAGCGCACGUACGGUUUUAGAUCGUGCAAAGCUAGCAGGUGAUGAUAAAGCAGCUCUUUUAGUUCUUGAUGGAGAGAUGGCCAAACGCGAUCAGGUGGCAUAA